AUGGAGACGCACGGCCAGAACAGCAGCCAAGAUGCUGAUUUUGUGAUCCUGGGAUUCAGCACCAGCGAACAUUUGCAGAUCACGCUGUUUGCUCUCUUCCUUCUCAUGCACCUCAUCACCCUAUCCGGCCACCUGACCAUUGUGGCUGUGACGUUAAUUGACUCCGCCCUCCAAACCCCCAUGUAUUUCUUCCUUCGCAACCUGUCCUCCAUUGAAAUCUGCUACACCCUGGUCAUCGUACCCAAGAUGUUGGCCAACUUCUUGGCCAAGAGCAGAAGAGUCUCCUUCAUGGACUGUGCCACACAGAUGUAUUUUUUCAUUGCCCUUGGGGGUGCCGAGUGCUUCCUUCUGGCUCUGAUGUCCUACGAUCGGUAUGUGGCCAUAUGUAACCCCCUGCGCUACGCCGUUGUCAUGAGCUGGAGCUUCUGUGUGCAGCUGUUAGUGGUGGCCUGUGUCAGUGGCUUCACCAUCUCGCUCGGGCUCACCACCCUGAUUUUCAGGAUGCCCUUCUGUGGCUCACAUAAGGUCAACCACUUCUUCUGCGACAUCCCGCCCAUACUGUUCCUGGCCUGUAGUGACACACGUGCCAACGAGGUGGCCGUGUUCCUCGUCUGCACGAUGAUCUUGCUCGUUCCGUUCCUCCUCAUUUUGGUCUCCUAUGUGUUCAUCGCCAAUUCCGUCUUCAGGAUCAAGUCUGCCGAGGACCGGAAGAAGGCCUUCUCCACCUGUGCUGCUCACCUGACUGUGGCCAUGCUCCAUUACGGUUGUGCCAUCUUCAUAUAUAUACGCCCCAAGUCCAGCUACUCCCUGGAUCAGGACAAGGUGGUCUCGCUGAUCUACACCAACGUCACACCCAUGCUGUACCCCAUGAUUUACAGUCUCAGGAACAAGGAAGUCAAGGGAGCACUCAAGAGAAUAUGGGAAAGGAUAUUUGUUUCCAAAGGAACAUAG